AUGAGCUCUACCUCCACCAUCUCCCUCCCUCUCCUCUUCUCCAUCAAUUUGCUCAUCGGCAUCUCUCACAUCAGUGAAGCGGCACCUAAUUUUAUCGACAACUAUUGCCCCGACACCAAACCCUUCCUUCCUAAUUCCACCUACCAAAAUAACCUCAAUGAACUCCUCCCAUCACUUUCCUCCGCUGCCGAUUCCGCCAGCAACAACAUCAGCAGCAGUGGCGGGUUCUCCAAUGCCACCGCUGGCGAAUACCCACCUGACCAGACCUACGGGAUCUUCCUCUGCCGUGGUGACAUCGACGCCCCGACAUGCAGCAACUGCGUAGCCAAGGCAGCCCAAGAUAUUGGCCGGCGAUGCCCUGGCAAAAGAAUCUCCAUCAUCUGGUACGACAUAUGCAUGCUAAGGUACUCAGAUCAGCCCAUUUACUCGGUCAUGCAACCUUAUCCUGUGGCGAAGCAGGGGAACGGUUGGAACGUCACAGAGGACCCAUCAGGGUUCUUUCAACUCCUGAAUGAAACCAUGGACGAUGUACUGCGGAGGGCCCCGAGCAGUGGAUCGGGAAGAAUGGCCGCCGCAGAGGCUGAGCUCGUGGGCUCGAAACGGCUGUACACGCUCGCGGAGUGCACGCCCGAUUUGACCGCAUCGGACUGCGGCACAUGCCUUCGGUCGGCGAUAGCUCGUCUCCCUCCGGAAACGCUAGGAGGAAAGGUAUUUACUCCGAGCUGCAACGUGAGGUUUGAGGUCUACUCCUUUUACGACCCCGACUUGGUGACUGUGGUGACGGUGGCAGCGCCACCACCGGUCCGGCUUCUUUCUCCUCCUGCUCAGGUGACUGCACCUAAAGGCACGAAUAAAAUUACAAAUGAGGAACCCUUGCAAUAUGAUUUAGCUACAAUACAAGCUGCUACAAACAAUUUCUCUCAUCAAAACAAGUUGGGUGAAGGUGGAUUCGGUGAAGUUUUUCAGGGGAGGCUUCCUAAUGGGCAAGAUAUAGCAGUGAAGAGGCUAUCUCGGAGCUCAAGACAAUGUGCUGAAGAAUUUAAGAAUGAAGUUAGGUUGGUAGCAAAUCUUCAACAUCGAAACCUUGUGCGGCUACUCGGAUAUUGUUUGGAGGGAGAAGAAAAGCUACUUGUUUUUGAAUUUGUGCCUCACAAAAGUCUAGACUACUUUUUGUAUGAUCCUGAGAAAAAUAUGCAAUUGGAUUGGUUAAAGCGUUAUAGGAUAGCAUGGGGAAUAGCUCGAGGAAUGCACUAUCUACAUGAAGAUUCCCGACUUCGGAUUAUUCAUCGUGACCUGAAAGCAAGUAAUAUCUUGUUAGAUAGUGACUGGAACCCAAGGAUUUCAGAUUUUGGCACGGCUAGGAUUUUUGGAGUUGAUCAAACUCAUGCAAGCACUAAUAAAAUCGCGGGGACUUUGGGUUAUAUGCCUCCUGAAUAUGUAAGGAAUGGGAAAUUCUCCAUUAAAUCCGAUGUCUAUAGUUUCGGUGUCCUACUUCUAGAGAUCAUCACUGGAAAGAAGAAUGAUCAUUUCUGCCAAUCAGAUGGGGGCGAAGAUCUAGCUAGCUAUGCAUGGAGAAACUGGAGAGACGGGACACCAUCGGAAGUUAUGGAUCCGGCCAUCCUAGACUUGGGUUCAAGAGAUGAAGUGUUGAGGUGCCUACACAUCAGCUUACUUUGUGUUCAGAAAGAUACGGUUGAUAGACCCACCAUGGCGACAGUGCUUCGCAUGCUUAGUAGCCAGCCCGUCACUAUGUCGCAGCCUCAAUGUCCGGCCUUCUUCCCUCAAAGUACAGACCAAUCCAAUAGUAGAUCAAUUCAGCAAUCGGUCAACGGAGUGACAAUUACAGAAUCAUACCCCCGAUGAUACAAGUAAUUGUUUUAUGUGAUAGCUUUGCAGGCCUUGAUAUAAUUGGCCUUCCGUGGAUACCAUUAGUGAACAAUGAUCAAUGUCUGUUUACUGGAGAUCCUAUGUAUGACUUUUAUUUCUCAA